GAAAAGAGUUCCUCUUCACUGAAUGACGGCGAGUAAUACGUCGAGCAUAAUCAGCAGCAUUUAUAAUAUGCUUUUGAUGUGCAUAUCUUGUAGUCAGUGGGAUGCUCAAAAACAAGAAAAGCGGGGUAAUCCGUUUCGCCGGGAAACAGGAAGAAAAUGCUCUAUGCGUCCUCCGGCGGAUUUUUCUUUCUCUUUGAAACUUUAUUGUAUAUAUACCCUUCCAUUCCCUCCAACAUGGCACCUUAUCCAACACACUGCGAUCACACACUCACUGGUCACAAAGAACCUAUCAGUCAAGUACGCUAUAACAAAUCCGGGCAAUACUGUGUAUCCGGUGGACGCGAUCGGACAGUACGAUUAUGGAAUCCGACGACAGGCAUGGAACUACAUAAAUACAUGGGUCACGGUCGCGAUGUACUCGGUGUCUCAGUAUCGCCAGAUAAUGCCAAACUUGCGAGUUGCGGUGUUGAUCGCGCUGUUAUUUUAUGGGAUGUUGGAACGGGCGAGAUCUUACGGCGGUACACAGCACACUGGGAGCGAGUGAAUGGAGUGGAUUUCAAUGAUCAAGGCACGGUUCUUGUCAGUGGAUCUUUUGAUGCAACGGUUCGUAUUUGGGAUUGUAGGUCAUCCAACUUUUCCCCAAUCCAAGUUCUUGAAGACUGCAAAGAUAGCGUCAUGUCUAUCCAAGUCCGAGACGUGGAGAUCGUGGCGGGAUCGGCUGAUGGGCGCGUUCGAAGAUAUGAUUUAAGGAAUGGACAAUUAUCAGAAGAUUAUAUUGGACCGGCCAUCACAUCUGCUCGAUUAUCGCAUGACGGGAAUUGUGUACUCGUAAGCACUCUAGACGAUACCGUACGUCUGAUGGAUAAGUCCAAUGGGACGCUAUUGAACGAAUUUACGGGGCACAAACACAAGGAAUUCAAGGUCGAAUCGGUCAUGUCAAAUACAGACGCAUAUGCAGUGAGCGGAUCCGAAGACGGCCAUAUUCAUAUCUGGGACGUACUCGAAGGAAAUAAAGUAGAAACAUUAAAAUCGCAUGACACGGUGGUCACGUCUGUAGAUUAUCAUCCAUCCGAUGUUGCGAUAGUUACAGCCGGGGAUGAUGGCGCCAUACGUGUUUGGAGUUAAGAAAAACAGUACUUUUUGCAUACGGUUACAUGCAUAUCAUAUAGACCGAUGAAGAGCUGGUUUCUCUUUCUCGCUUAGCAAACCUUUCUCAGUAAUACAAUGUUUUUGUUGCGAUGUGUUUUAUCGGUUGGGAAUGCUGAUUUGAAAGAAAGAAAGAAAGAAAGAAGGAUGAAGGGUGUGUGUGUGUGUGUGUGUUGUUGUACUGUUCAGAAUGUAGUGCCUUUU